AUGUCGAAUUUGUCGCUUGGGCUCAAGAAAAACCUCUGCGUUUGGAAAAUCAGCCGUCGAGCGAUUCAAAUUUCUCAUUCUUUCAAAUUUGUUGAAACAAGUUCUCUCCGAAAUCGCAGAAAUUUCGACGCUGAAAAGAUGGAGAUGAAAUCGGCGAUCAGAACGCGCGAAUCUGUCUUUUCCAUCGAAAAAGUCGUCGAAAUUCUGAAGCAAGAAGCAGUUCUCGAUCUUUGUGUAAUAAAAGUGCCACCGGAGAGGAGAUAUGUCGAGUACUUUGUCAUUUGCUCCCCGAGGAAUGAUUCGCAGCUGAUUUCUGUUCCUGCUGCCUUGAGUGCGAUGUACAAAGAAGUUUUUGGAGAAAGAAAAUAUGUAGAAGGACUUGGGGAUGGAACGAAACCGCCUGAGUGGACUGUCAUCGACUUAGGAAACAUCGUCGUGCACACAAUGAACGAAGACGUCCGCGAAUUAUACAACCUCGAAAAUUUGUGGCUCUUCGGCCCAGAGUUCGACCAGCAAAACAUGGAGUUCACGGAUAAAAUUAAAGAAAAUGUUUUCAACGAGAUCAACGAAAAAAAGCAAAAGCGACAAGAUGACUGGGCAUUUUUCCAGUGA